CUCAUGCCGACCGAUGGGCAGCUCUCGUUCGCCUCAUGUGACGUAGAGACGGAAGCAAUUUACACCCCAAUUCCCCAAAUCGUAUAUAUAUAUACUGUGUGUCGAUCUUAUACUCCACACAAUUCAACGUUCAGCAAUCAGUCGACAACCAAGUCUUACACAGAUAGCAACCAGUCAUGUCUUCGCUCCCUCCCCGACAACCAACUGCCGACCCCCACACUCUCACUCACCUGCAGAAUGCCAAACAGGCAACUCAGACUGUUAACAGAUUCGCCAAGCGUGACCCCGCCCUUUUCCCCCUUUCUAUCAUCAUGUGUCUCGCACUCGGCGGAGCGGGCUACUUCUUCACCCGUAAAGCAUCAGAGCCCGAACCACACCGUCAAUUGAUGGCCAAUGGUGUCAUCAAUCCUUGGGAUGACCAAAGCAAACACGACACACACCCAAGUGCUGUUGCCGCCUUCAAGUACAGGCACAAGAACAGGGAUGGGGUUUACGAGGAUUCGCUCCCAGCUCUCAACACUGAGGUCGCCAACCUCAAAAACGAGGCCAAGUUCAAGUUCCGAAGCGCCUGAUGUGCCAGAAACAUUCAGUUGUAUGUACAUUAGGUCAAAAUAUGUAUACGAGCAAAUGCAAACAAUGAUCAUAA